AUUCUAUCUGUAUUUCAGUUUGUCAUGUACUCUAACCUUUCUUUCUAAUUUUGUGUUUAUUAUAAGUAUUUUAGAUUAUCAAAACAUUUAAAUAAUCUUAAUUUGUUAUUGCCAUUAGAAAGCGAAAAUUAACUUGUCCAAUCUUUACUCUUAAACACACCUCAAACAUGAUUUAGAAUAAACAAAUUCUAUAGGUUAAGUUUAUUGUAUUACAUUGCAAAACAGGACAUAUUGUAAUCUUGCCAAUCUGAGUCCCUCAUGCAGCAACUAUCAACAAAAGAACAGGAACAGAGCAAAGUGUAAUGUAUAGGUUAUAAUGGAGGAAAACGUUUCUUUCUAAAGUUUCGAUUUUUAUAAAUUUAAAUAAUAAUUUUUUGUUUCAUAAUAUUUAACAAUGUUCUCAAAAAAGAAAGAAACAUCAGGUAAAAAGCCGCGUACAUCAGGUGGAUUAGCUCAGUAUGGAUUGAUGGACAUUCCAAAUAUCGGCAACUUUGACAAUAUGAAUGAUUUUGAUGGAGAUGAUGACGACGAUGAUGAUGCAGAUCUUGAGGCAGAAUUGAUGGCGUUGACUUCGGAGUCUGCUCCAGCGCGCCGCAAGCCUAAGCCCAAAGCUGCUCCCCUACCACCAGAGCAACUUGACAGAUUAGUGGCAGCCAGCUUACGAGAUGUGCCAUCUGAUGAAUCAGCAGGAGAUGAUGAUGAUGAUGACGAUGAUCCCGAACUUCUCGCGGAACUUGGUGGUCUUAUUGGGAGUGAAGAAGCUGACGAACCUGUUGAGAGUGUUCCGGAAUCCAAAUCUUCAACUUCAAUCCAAGUUCAACCAGCAAUGAAACAAGCUCUAGAAUCAACGAUUGCCGAGCGCUUGGCCAUGUACCAGCAGGCUGAAGCUAAUGCCAAAGCCACUGGUGACUCUUCAAGAGCUAGAAGAUUGGGCAGAGGAAUAAAAACGCUUUCGGAUCUCUUGAAGCAAGCCAAAUCUGGUAGGCAGGUGAAUGAGGCUGACAUUCCGCCCCCAGUUGUCGUCCAGAUGACUGCGCCCCGUAAUGUGCCGCCCGCGCAGGAGCAAACUGAAUGGGCUCGUAAACAAAUGACUGAUACCCAGUACACUAAACUCAUGCAACUGAGCAACCAGCUGAGCAACCAGCUGAUACACCCCCUCCUGUGCCUGCAAGACGAGCUCCACCCCCCACCCCAGGAAGAUGAGUACAUCAUUCUACGCCCCGCACCCCCGCCCGAAGACGAAUACUGUGUUCUACGCCGCGUGCCGAGUCGGACCCCCGUCAAAUCACCCCAAGACGAUGACUCCUCUCCACCGCCCGUGCCUAGUAGAAACCCCGUCAGAUCGCCCACUGCCUUUCCUCCACCCCCCGUACCCACUGAAGCCCCCCCAAUACCCCCCCGCUUCACCGACCCCUCAUCACUUGUGCGAUCACUCAGUGCAACUGCAGAGUCGGACCCAGCCAGAACCGUCCAAAUGCUAACUUACCGUCGCAAUGCCUACAAGCUGGCUGCCUUGAAAGCGAAAAAGGCCGGAGAUGUUGAUGGCGCUGUCAAGUAUCUGAAAGUUUCUAAGCAAUUCGACAAGGUAAUUGAGGCGGCUGAGGAGGGCAAAACGGUGGACCUGAGUGAGAUGCCGCCACCUCCCGAUGCAGAUGAGGGAACUGUGAAGCAACAGCAGUCGCCCAGCUUCAUCCCGACUGUUUCCCCCAAGCAACAAGACGAGAAACAGCACUCAGCUGAUCAGCCCCCCAUGUCAGUCCAACCUGCCGAGGAACAGCAACCUGAAACAGCUGAAGUGUACGAAGUGAACUACAGUAGCGUGGGUGAAGCGUUGGAGGCGCGAUUGAAGCUAUACGAGUCGCAGGAAGCAGCCGCCCAACAGGCAGAAAACUCCAGGAAGGCACGACAGAUGGGUCGCAUAGUCAAGCAAUACAAGGAUGCCAUCCGAUUGAACAAUGCUGGCAAACCCAUCCCUGUUGACGAACUGCCCAAUCCUCCAGGUUAUGCACCUAUUCCUGUAAAGGGAAGUGCAAUAGUGAAGCCGCCUCCGUCAGCCCCAGUGGUGCCAACUGCCCCCGCAUCCACAUCCGCACCACCUCCAGAGCAGCCAACCAAAUCGCAGCCCGAAAGUGCAGAGGACAAAGAGGCACCUCCAAAAGAAAACGUUCGCAAGAAAGCUGGCUCCAGAGUAGAACGGCAACUGAGCUUGUUGACUCUACGACAGAAAGAGUUUAAAGUGGCUGCACUGGAGGCGAAAAAGAACGGCGAAAUCAACCAGGCCAAAGAAUAUCUACGAGUUGCUAAAGGAUUCGAUGCACUCAUCGAGGCUUCCAACAAUGGGUUGCCUGUCGACAUGGACACGGUUCCUGCUCCACCUUCGGCGAAGGAAGCUCUCGAAACCGAGUUUGACGUAGUAUUGGCGGAAGAGUGUGUUCCCAACUCAGACACUGACAUCUAUGUAAAACUCGAGAGUGAUCUAGUGAGCCAGCUCAAGAUGUGUAUGCAGACUAGAAAUCACUUCAAGGCGAUUGGAGAUGUGGCCAGCGCUAAUCGAUUCGAACAGUUGGCUCUAAACACAAAAAAAGAUUUAGACGUGGUUAAAGUUUCAAACAGGAAGAACGACCCGGUACCGAGAUUCCAUUACGAAACUAAAUCAUUUUCUAUUGUACAGUGCAAUACGGAUUUGACAGACAACGACCUGCAAUUGACAAUUGUUCAAGGCGUCAACUACUGUGUGCCUAACCCAAAAGAAGUGGACACCUAUGUGAGAUUCGAAUUUCCAUUUCCCAGUGAUAAUCCACCCAAGGAUAAAACAGUUGUAAUCUAUAACACAAAUAACCCAAUUUAUAAUGCUGUAUUCACACUUCCCAUUCAAAGGAACAGAACAUGCCAAAGGGUAUUCAAGCGGCAGAGUAUCAAGUGCGAAAUUUGGUCAAAGGGGUUGACUUGCAGUUCAUUUUUAAGUUGGUUUCGCUGCUUCUGUCAUCCUAGGGGUUUCUUCAGAGGGGACACUCUUCUUGGAACAGCAACCGUGAAGCUGCAACCACUUGAAACUAAAUGCACCAUUCAUGAUUCAUUCGAUUUGAUGGAAGGACGCAAAGCAGUGGGUGGGAAGCUGGAAGUGAAAGUGCGCAUACGUAAUCCCAUUGUAACAAAGCAAGUUGAACAAGUUAAUGAAAAAUGGCUAGUAAUUGAUCACUAAUAUGAAUAUCAUAGACCAUUAUGAGGAUUUGGUCUGGAACCAAAAAGCGCUAUUACCUAUUAUUACCCUAUUGUUAUAUUUUUCCAGUAUGGAAUCUUAUUUACUAUGGAGUUUACUUCAACUAUAUUCUAUAUACUAUAGUCUACAAUAUCUUACCACGUUUCAUACAUUUCAAUAGGAUUUUAUUGAAUGACAAUUCUAAUAAAAAUAUACUGAAGCAUUUUUCCUCAUUCUUGAGUUACCGAGAUCUAGUAUUAUAUCUUCUCUACUGCUUGCUUCUUGUGAGAAUUUGUUGUGAUAUCAAGAAGAUGUUAUAUUUGGUAUCAUCAUCAUGAAACUAUAUUUCAAAUUAUGUUUUGUAUGAUGACAAUGUUAACUUAAUUGUAAAGGAUGAAACUUUUAUAUUUCAUAAUAAACUUUCAAGGCUUUUAUAA